CUUAGAAAAAUAAAAGAAUUUUAAAUUUUAUAUUUUUGAAAAUCACAAAAUGUUGCAAUUGAGGAGGAAUUGCAUUAAAUCUAUUGCAAUUGUAAAACAAGGUCCAUCAUAUUUUAGGGAUGAAUGUAAAUUACUUGUGAAAACCCAAAAAGCAAUCACUGGAUUUAUAAAUCGACGCCACGCCAGUAAAACUGCCAAAUCGGAAGAACGCAGGCCACCACUGCCAACAGCGGUGGGUGGUGGUUCCAGUGCCACAUAUGUUGAGGAUAUGUAUCGUGCCUGGCAACGAGAUCCAACUUGUGUUCAUACGUCGUGGGAUUCUUAUUUCCGUUCGGGUGUAUAUGAGCCUGUACCUGCCGAGUCCCAUCCCCAGCGUAAUACAAUGUCCAUAUCCCAAUUCUGUAGUGGUGGCGGUUCGGCCCAAAAAGCCAUAGAUGAUCACAUUUUAGUUCAUGAUAUUAUUCGCAGCUAUCAAACUCGUGGUUUUCUGGCCGCGAAUUUAGAUCCCUUGGGGAUUAUAAGUCAUAAUAAGACGAUGACAAAAUGUGGAAUGCAAUUGAAUGCAAAUGAAAAUGUUUUCAUCAAGGCUGAUUUUUUCAAAGAGGACAGAAAUUUGGACCAAUCCAUCAAAUUGACCGGAGCAACAACCAGUAUUGGUGGCGAUGAACAGGAACUAAGUUUCCGUGAAAUAAUUAAACGUUUGGAAAACAUUUACUGCGACACCAUGGGCAUUGAAUACAUGUAUAUAUUUUGUCCGAAAAAACGUAGCUGGAUACGGGAGCGAAUUGAAAAACCAGGUCAACUGCAAAUGUCGGCGGAAAAGAAGAAACUGAUUUUAUCGCGUCUGAUCAGAGCAACGGCUUUUGAAAAUUUCUUAGCAAAGAAAUGGCCAUCGGAGAAACGUUUCGGUUUGGAAGGCUGUGAAGUGUUGAUUCCGUGUUUGAAGGAAGUUAUUGAUCGUUCAUCGGCCCUGGGUGUUGAAUCGUUUAUUAUUGGCCUAGCUCAUCGUGGCCGUCUGAAUACAUUGGCGAAUAUCUGUCGCAAGCCAUUGCAUCAAAUUUUUGCACAAUUUCGAAUACUGGAGGCAGAAGAUUCGGGUUCCGGGGAUGUCAAAUACCAUUUGGGCACCUACGUGGAACGUUUAAAUCGUGUCACGAAUAAAAACGUACGAAUUGCCCUCGUUGCCAACCCCUCCCAUUUGGAAGCGGUAAAUCCCAUUGUCAUGGGCAAAACUCGAGCAGAACAAUUCUACAAAGGCGAUUCGGAGGGACGUAAAGUUAUGUCGAUUCUCAUACAUGGUGAUGCUGCCUUCUGCGGUCAGGGAGUGGUGUAUGAAAGUAUACAUUUAUCCGAUUUACCCUCGUAUACAAAUCACGGAACCAUACACAUUGUCAUCAACAAUCAAGUGGGUUUUACAACCGAUCCACGUUUUCAUCGUUCAUCACCGUUCUGCACAGAUGUGGCCAGGGUUGUGAAUGCACCCAUUUUACAUGUCAAUGCUGAUGACCCCGAGGCGGCGGUGUUUCUUAGCGGUUUGGCAUCGGAAUGGAGAGCUACAUGGCGUAAUGACAUAGUUCUCGAUUUGGUGGGUUAUCGUCGCAAUGGCCACAAUGAAGCUGAUGAGCCAAUGUUUACCCAGCCUCUGAUGUAUCAAAAGAUACGAAAACAUAAACCGGUGUUAGAAUUGUAUUCGGAAAAAUUGGUUAAGGAAAUGGUAUUGAGUGCCGAGGAGUUGAAAGCGCUUGUUGCGGAAUAUGACCAGAUUUUGGAGGAGGGCUUUAAGGAAGCCGACAAGGAACGAAGUAUUAGUUAUAAGGACUGGAUAGAUUCUCCAUGGUCUGGAUUUUUUGAUGGCAAGGAUCGCAUGCAAAUGCCAGCGACAGGCGUUAAGGAAGAAGUUCUAUUACAUAUUGCACAGAAAUUCUCCACCCCACCACCAGCAGAAGCUCAGUUUGUAAUUCACAAAGGAAUAGAACGCAUUCUACAAGGUCGUCGGCAAAUGAUAAAAGAUCGUUUGGCCGAUUGGGCUUUGGGCGAGGCAUUGGCCUAUGGCACGCUGCUCAAAGAAGGUGUACACGUUCGUCUAUCGGGAGAAGAUGUGGAGCGGGGUACCUUUUCACAUCGUCAUCACGUUUUGUGGCAUCAAACCAUCGACAGACUAAAUUACAAUGUUUUGGCCAAUCUCUAUCCCGAUCAAGCCACGUAUUCUGUAUCGAAUAGCAGUCUUAGUGAAUAUGCUGUAUUGGGAUUUGAACACGGCUAUUCGAUGAGUAAUCCAAAUGCUUUGGUAAUGUGGGAAGCACAAUUUGGCGAUUUCAGUAAUACGGGUCAAGCGAUUUUUGAUCAAUUCAUAUCUUGUGGCGAAAUGAAAUGGGUACGGCAAUCGGGUUUGGUUGUUCUGCUGCCACAUGGCAUGGAGGGUAUGGGCCCAGAACAUUCGUCGUGUCGUCUGGAACGUUUCCUACAAAUGUGUCAUGAUGAUCCGGAUACGUUGCCGCCCUGUGAUUGUGAGGAUAUUGCCUUGCAUCAGCUAAACGAGACAAAUUGGAUUGUGGCCAAUUGUACAACCCCGGCGAAUUUAUUUCACAUUUUGAGGAGGCAAAUUGCUUUGCCAUUUCGUAAGCCAUUGAUUUUGUGCACCCCCAAAUCGGGAUUACGGCAUCCUUUGGCUAAAAGUCCCUUUUCCGAGAUGGCGGAGUGCACGGAAUUUAAACGCAUCAUCGCCGAUGAGGGUCCUGCCAUGGAAAAUCCUGAUUGUGUUACAAAAUUGGUAUUUUGUUCGGGCCGUGUUUAUUUUGAUCUAUUUAAGGCCAGAGCUGAUAAGAAGGCUGAAAAGAAAAUUUGCCUGAUACGAGUGGAACAGAUUUGUCCUUUCCCAUUUGACCUGGUGAGGGAGGAAAUUUUGAAAUACAAAAACGCUGAUGUUAUAUGGGCCCAGGAAGAGCACAAGAAUCAAGGUGCCUGGAACUAUGUUCAACCACGUUUUCAAACGGCCCUUGCCGAAGAUGAAGACUUGCAAAUUCAGUAUCAUGGUCGUCCCACUGCCGCUGCACCAUCGACGGGAAACAAGAAACAGCAUGAACGUGAAUUACAUGAUUUGUUGGUCAGCAUAUUCGGUGAAUUAACCGAAGCCGAAAAGGAAGUACUGAAGAAAGAGGAAGAGGCACGAAUGGCAAAGGCCAAGGCUGAAGCUGAGCAGAGAGCUAAAGUAGCAAAGGCGGCAAAGUCAGCUGAAAAUCCCAAAAAUGAUAAAACGGAUCCUAAGAAACCAUCAAAUGAUGGGAAAAAAUAAAACCUUUUGAUUGAUGAGAAAAUUUUCAUUUGUACCCAGACAUUUUUUAUUACAUUAUAUUCAGGCAUGUCACAGAAGUUUUACGAAAUCGAUUUAUUUCACCUUUUCCAAAUCGUUACGAUUUGCUUUUGCUUCUUCAGCACUCGUACGUUUUGACUAAUCCGGAAAAAAAAUCAUUUCACAUUUUUGAAAUAAAAAUAUGGUAACUCCAUGAAAAAAAAUGGUCGUAAACAAAUUAUUGACAAUUUAAAAAGGAGUUUAAAUUGUUUUUUAUAAUAUAAACACCAAAAGUAAAAAUGCCAGGGGCUUCAAUACUUGCUGUAAUGGAUGAAGAAAUAACUCAGCGGUCUACUGAAAAAAUUCGUCGCCGGACAUUGAGGAACGCAUCAGAUCCUUUAUCUCACUCAAAUGCAGAGUAAGGAUCCACCAGCAAUGAGUUAUUUUCAAAUUUAUUUUAAUAAUAAUUUAUUUCUACAGAUUUAUAACUUAUUAUCGGCUAAAUAAAGAAGCUUUUGUUUUAGUUUUGGAAAAAAUUUCUCCCCACCUCAAACGUUCCAAUAUACCGGCUAUUAUCCAGCUUGCAACAACGCUUAGGUUUUUGGCUACGGGUGCAUUUCAAGGAGUUAUAGGUAGAGAUGUGGAGCUAAGCCUUGGGAGAAGUACAGUUUCUACAAUUAUGUGGAGAGUUAUUAAUGCAAUUG